CCCAGCCUACGUCACUAGCCUGUAUCGGAAGACGAAAGCGUGCGUCGUGUAUGGCUGUGCCUAAGAGUGGGACGUUUAUUAAAGAAUAAUAAAUUUAAAUUAAAUCUAGAGUAUACACACGGUUUGAGACGAGAUGGAUGAUGAGGAGGAAACGUACAGGCUUUGGAAAAUCCGCAAAACAAUCAUGCAGCUCUGCCAUGAUAGAGGAUAUCUGGUGACACAGGAUGAGUUGGACCAGACACUGGAAGAGUUCAAGAGUCAGUUUGGAGACAAGCCCAGUGAGGGGCGUCCCCGACGUACAGAUCUCACCGUCCUGGUGGCACACAAUGAUGAUCCCACAGACCAGAUGUUUGUUUUCUUUCCCGAGGAGCCCAAAGUUGGUAUCAAGACAAUUAAGAUGUACUGUCAGAGGAUGCAAGAGGAGAACAUCACACGGGCAAUCAUUGUUGUUCAGAUGGGCAUGACACCCUCAGCAAAACAGUCUCUAGUUGACAUGGCACCCAAAUAUAUACUGGAGCAGUUUCUACAACAGGAGCUGCUGAUUAACAUCACAGAGCACGAGCUUGUACCAGAGCACAUCGUCAUGACAAAAGAGGAAGUGACUGAACUUCUGGCAAGAUAUAAAUUAAAAGAAAGCCAGCUGCCAAGGAUUCAGGCCGGGGACCCUGUGGCUCGUUACUUUGGCUUGAAAAGAGGACAGGUAGUGAAGAUCAUCAGACCCAGUGAAACAGCUGGGCGGUACAUCACAUACAGACUGGUCCAAUGACAGUCAUUCUCCCUGAUCAACGUUUAAGGACCAGUGAAGGAAUCUCAGCACGACACCUUUGGCUAUUCAUUGUUGAAUUAUCACCCUGCUUGUAUCUUUGACUUGAAUUACUGAUUUUGUAAAAUAAAUGAUUCAAAAUUGAAA